AUGAGGUGCGUACUGAUGCAUGUUUCUCAACCUCGCUAAUUAGCUACGACCUAGUCACACGUCAUUUAAAAUAUUUUCCUGUGGUCAGUGAAUACGGUGCUUAAUCGCGAAAUCAACAUUUCGGUCUGGGGUCGCAAAACUGAGGCGCAAACGGGACACACAAGAGAACACACCCCCGCCUUUUCGUCUUGAACUACUUCUUGGGUCUGUGAAUCGAUCCGUACGCUGCUCCACUUCACAGUGUCAGUCAUAGUGCCGUGCGCUUAACAGACUGGCAGGCUGCUGUUUGGGGGCUAUGGAGGAAAAACCUAAAGAUGGCAAUAAUGCGAAAGAGCAAGAAGCGCUGUCCUAUCAGAAAAGGAUGUGGAAGAAUUUUCAAGAGAAAACCAAGCCGUUCUUAAGCCCCAGACUGGGCUCGGAACGUCGCAGCGCGGACGGGAAAAAGGAGACGGGAAUUUGGAUGUUUAGGAAGAAAAAGAAACAGGUUUUGGACCGCGUCUUUUCGUCAUCCCAGCCCAAUCUUUGCUGCUCUGCCCCCGUGCCUCUGGACGGCGAUAAGUCCCUCUGCGGUAAACCGGUCCCCAUCUCCAGUCAAGGGCAAGGGCUGCAACAGCUAGUAACCGCAAAUGAAGAAGCGACUUUCACGUCUGAGCUGCCGGGACACGGAAGCCCAAAGCUCACGGUGUCUCAUCUGGUGUUGUCCCACCAGAAAAGCUCCUCUUUGGGGUCGGCUUGCUUUGAGAAACUAGUCGUGGGUGACUCUGCCGUCGGUGACCCAGAGGAACAGCUGCGUAAGAACGCCAGCGAUUCCGGCAUCAACAUAGUUGGACCAAGUAAUGCAGAGCCUUCACCUGCCAGUCCAGGAAUGUACCAGCUGGAUAUUGUACUAAAGAAGGGGCAUAACUUGGCCAUAAGGGAUAGAGGAGGAACAAGCGACCCGUAUGUGAAGUUCAAGAUCGCAGGGAAGGAGGUGUUCCGCAGCCGCACCAUCCACAAGAACCUGAACCCCGUGUGGGACGAAAAGGUCAGCCUGCUGGUGGACAGCCUGCGCGAGCCCCUCUACGUCAAGGUCUUUGACUAUGACUUCGGCCUUCAAGAUGACUUCAUGGGGUCGGCCUACCUGUACCUGGAAUCCCUGGAGCAUCAGAGGACCCUGGACGUGACCCUGGACUUGAAGGACCCCCACUACCCCGACCAUGACCUGGGGACCCUGGAGCUGGCCGUCACCCUGUCACCCAAAGAGGGGGACUUCAGAGAGGCUACCAUGCUAUUGAGAAGGAGCUGGAAAAGAUCCAGUAAGCAGCAGCAGAGCCUGAGGCUGUCGGACGUGCACCGUAAGGCCCAGCUGUGGAGGGGCAUCGUCAGCAUUAGUCUCAUCGAGGGGCGCGACCUCAAGCCCAUGGACGCCAACGGCCUGAGUGAUCCCUACGUCAAGUUCCGCCUGGGACAUCAGAAGUACAAGAGCAAGACCAUACCCAAAACCCUCAACCCCCAGUGGAGGGAACAGUUUGACUUCCAUCUGUAUGAGGAGCAGGGCGGGUUUAUCGACAUCACCGUCUGGGACAAAGACGCAGGGAAAAGGGACGACUUCAUGGGCAGGUGCCAGGUGGACCUCAGCGGCCUGAGCAAGGAGCAGACCCACAAGCUGGACCUUCCCCUGGAGGAGGGCGACGGCAUGCUGGUGCUGCUGGUCACCCUGACCGCCUCCGCGGCCGUCUCCAUCUCCGACCUGUCCGUCAACAUCCUGGACGACCCGCACGAGCGCCGGGAGAUCCUCAACAGAUACAGCCUUAUGCGGUCCUUCCACAACUUGAAGGAUGUGGGCGUGGUCCAGGUGAAGGUUAUCCGGGCAGAGGGGCUGAUGGCUGCUGAUGUCACAGGCAAGAGUGACCCCUUCUGCGUGGUGGAGCUGAGCAACGACCGUCUGCAGACGCACACCGUCUACAAGAACCUCAACCCAGAGUGGAACAAGGUCUUCACCUUCAACGUGAAAGACAUCCAUUCAGUGCUGGAAGUCACGGUUUAUGAUGAAGACCGGGACCGGAGUGCAGACUUCCUGGGCAAAGUGGCCAUCCCCUUGUUAAAUAUUCAAAAUGGUGAACGGAAAGCUUACGCCUUGAAAAACAAGGAGCUGACAGGGCCAACCAAGGGGGUCAUCUUUCUCGAAAUAGACGUGAUUUUUAAUGCUGUGAAAGCUGGGCUCAGAACUUUGAUACCAAUAGAACAGAAGUACAUUGAAGAGGAGCCCAGAGUCUCGAAGCAGCUGCUGCUGCAGAACUUCAACCGGGUGCGCCGCUGCAUCAUGGUCCUGAUCAAUGCCGGCUUCUACAUCAACAGCUGCUUCGAGUGGGAGUCUCCGCAGAGGAGCAUCUGCGCCUUCCUGCUCUUUGUUGUGGUGGUGUGGAACUUUGAGCUCUACAUGAUCCCGCUGGCGCUGCUGCUGCCCCUGGCCUGGAACUACAUCCUCAUCGCCUCGGGGAAGGACACCAGGCAAGGCGAUGUGCAAGCAGUGGAGGACCUGAUGGAGGACGAGGACGAGGAGUUUGACAAAGAUGACAAGGUCCCGGGGUCUGUCCCCUCAGACGGUGCCAAUCUGCCAGCAAACCAUAUCCUUGAGGAUAUGUUGGCUUCCUGGCACUUUGAGUGGAUACACGUGAUGGUGGACUCGGACAGAAAGGGCUUCAUGAACAAGCUGUACGCCAUCCAGGACGUGUGCAUCAGCGUGCAGAAUGCACUAGACGAGGUGGCCUCCUACGGCGAGAGGAUAAAGAACACCUUCAACUGGACCGUGCCUUUCCUGAGCUGGCUGGCCAUCGUGGCGCUCGCCGUGGCCACUGUGGUCAUCUACUUCAUCCCCCUCAGAUACAUCGUGCUGGCCUGGGGUGUGAAUAAAUUCACAAAGAAGCUGCGCGACCCGUACACAAUCGAUAACAACGAGCUGCUGGACUUCCUCUCCAGGGUUCCUUCAGACGUGCAAGUGGUGCAGUACCAAGAGCUGAAACUGGAUCCCAGUCACAGCCCAAAUAAAAGAAAGAAAAACAACCCUGGGUAGCCAGCUUCCUCCUCCAUGGGACUUUUCCCCUCGCGGCGCUCAGAAGAGAACUGGUCUGGACCAGCUCCCACACUGUCUCUGUCCUUUUCCCAUCUGUCUGAACUGUUUAUCUCUACCACCCCCCCCUUUUCUUUGUAUAUGAUGUACAGACUGUAAUUAUCAUUAUCAUUUUUUUUUGCCAUGGUUUGUUUACUUUGCGUAGAGUGGGCGAAAGGAAUUGGCACUCGACCCCUUUCAGAAGCCUUUGAACAAUUUUUAAGGUAAUGAGUUUGACAGCUUUAAAACACUGACGCGCCCUUAAAACGCACGGCCGAAACGCCGAGCGACACGCUCGGCUGAGCGAAUUUGUAUCGGACACCCCGCACCAGUGGUUUUAUCUGCUCCUGCAACACAACCUCGGCAUUCAAAUACCAAUCCCACCUGUUCCAGUGAAAAUGGAAAGGUCAUUCGGUGGGUGUUUUCUGGUACAGACAGAGUAUUUAACAUGGCACCGAAUCACACCUCUCUGAAAAUGGCUGCAACUGUUUGCUGUGUGGCAGUAUGUGGAAAAUAUUAGGAUAGUUAAGAAACACAACAAACUAUUAACACAAAAAACUGUUCAUUGAAGCUGCUUAAUAACUUUGGCUUGGAACCACCGAAAGUAAUAUUUAUAGAAUGUAACCCCCCCUCUUUGGCCCCCAAGGCAGCAACAGUCUACUUUCUGCUGAACCUAGACUGUUUUGUUGGAUUUUUGAGUUGAUUUUUGAAACUAAUUUUCAUAAGUAAAAGUUUUAAGAAUAUUGGAUAUACAUGCAAGUGGUUUUAGAAUUUACGCAUAUUCUAAAAGUCAGUUGUGUAAUGCCUCCUUUUACUAGGACCAAACAUUUUACAAAUGAGUCACUCAGCUUUGGCUUUACAGCAGUGAUAUUCACGGUUUUCUAAACACGAAACAGACAGGAAAAGGAUGAUAGCCCCGCUUCACCUGCCAUCGAUCUGCACAGGGAGCUUUCUUUGCGUCACAGUGUCUUAUAACCGCCUCUUCAGAGCAGCAUGCCCAGCCCCUCUUGUUUUGCCCUAUCAAUGGAACAUUCCAGAAGGUGAAGUUUUCAUUCGCCUUUACCCCCUCAAUGCAAGACACCCAGUGCACCCUCCCCGAGGAUCUGGACUAGAAGAGUUGGUUGCUGACACUGUUUUUAUCACUUGACACUUGACACUUGUGGCUUGACAGAACAAUAAUUGUAUAACCCCCUGAACUGUCCGGAUCAGAGGUGGCCGAAACGGGGCCCUUCAGAACCUCCUGAAGUGAACAUGAAGGAAAAGAGAAAAACACGUCCAUGGAAAACUGGAUUUCCGCCAAACGUUAUUGCUGCGUUUGGUGGAACACAUAGCAUGCUGUUGCAGUGCAGACAGACAUGAGGGUGCUCUUGAGCAAGAAGUGUUCAUGUAAUCCUUGUCAUCUCACCACAAGCCAAAAACCAGCAGAACUGUAAUUGUGUUUGGCAAAAAUGGCCAUUCUAUCACUUGUGAAAUGUUUGAACACAUGGAUGGACAAUAAGAAUCUUCAUUUACUAUACUGAAAACUACUAUAGUAAUGAACAGGUCAUUGACAUUUUCAGGAUGUCUUUAGUGUGGGUCUUUGACAGUGGCACUGGUAAAGUCUGGCUCCUACUCUGAAGGGGUAGCCCACCAUUGUGGGAAUGGCUUAGUCAAAUAUGAGAAACACAAGGAGUCUACCAUCAAGUGCAAGCUGGGUGCCCAGUAACAGUGACAUCUACAGUCUAAUCAGUACCAACUCAUCCUUCAGUCCUCAGUCUAAAGACCUCUUUCCCAACCUGAACCCUCAAAAGAUUUUAUUCCCAACCUGAACCCAUAUUCUGGAGUUGCUGCAGAGGCACCGAGGAGAUAGAGAUGUCAUCGUUCAGGGAGCGAGAGAGGGAGAGCAGCCAGAGCAGUAAUGGUAUUUCAAAAGCUGCUUCCAUCCACCCCUGUGUGCUGCAUCUGAGAGCAGCCUGAACCCUCGUUCGCCCUGGGCGAGAACCAUCCCCGUCUCCACCACCUCACAUGCCCCAAGACCCAACUUUGAUCUCUUCUUUUGAAACGCAUUUGCACCGGGUGCGUGUGUGUGUUUGUGUAUGUAUGUGUGUGAGACCGAGAGGACUCGGAGAGCAGCCAAGCAGUUUGCUACAGUAGAGGAGCUGAGCUGUGAACAGCGAGGGCCGAUGAUGUGUUUUUCGGGUAGUUGGGUGGUGGUGCCAGGUGCUGGGUGACAGGAGGCUUAAGAGCCUUUGCUGUGGCAGGCAGGUUUUGGCGGGGGGGGAUUUCGAGGACCGCUUUUCCCACCCCUCUCUCUCCGUGAGCUCUUCCGUCGCGCUUCCCUUUCAUGUGCCGGCGAGCGAGGUCACCGCGAGGAGCGAGGAGCGCCCCUCCAAACAUCACGCUGUUUAGGUAUAUCUGAGGACAGUGCCAUUUCCCUCUGUCUCGACAAACAAAGAAAGGCCCAUCACCCCUGCUGCGUUACGCUUACAAACACAUGUUCCGUCAGUAGACAUCGGGUUGCUGAAGAGCAUCUGCACAGCUUAUUUCAGAGGCCAGGGCAAGGGGAAUCAUUUUAUGAAUUCUAAAAAAAAAAAUGUUAAUCAGUGACUAUAUAUGUCAUGGACUUGUAGUACUUUUUAAAAUGACAUAUUUGAAUCUGAAUGUGUGUAAGUAUGUUUGUUUUUAUUUUUAGUAAAUGUUUGAUGGGUAUAUUGUGUGUUACCUUGCAUCUGAAUGCUCGUUUCCUUUUUGAAGUGUCCGCUGUUUGCAAGCAAACCAAAGUGAGUAUUUAGAUGAAAACACAGGAAAAGGACCUUGGUGUAGAAUGUACGUCAAGAAUUACUGGGGGGAAAAAAAGCACUUUGCAUCUGUGUACAUAGUCUAAUUUUCAAUCUUUUCAGUUUCAAGUCAUGUAUAUAAUAGAAUGACUUAAUUUAUUACUGUAUUUUAUAUGCUCAUAAAUGGGUCGUGUUUAUGAUCUUGUAUAAACGUGUGCGUUUCAUUCUAAUAGAGAUCUCUGCUCCUGCGGUAUUGCCUGCGACAUCAUAAUCAUGUUCCCAAUCACUAGCCAGUUGUUAUAAAAAUAACGGAUGGGGGUAUGGUUUAUGGGAGGGAAGGGGUGGAGCAACGGGGAGCUAUGUUAAAAUAUGUAAAUUGAGUGCAACAAUAAAUGCACCUGUUGUA